GAGAUUGUGGCAGCGGGCGACAUGGACAACGCGGGGAAGGAGCGAGAGGCGGUGCAGCUGAUGGCGGAGGCCGAGAAGCGAGUCAAGGCCUCCCACUCCUUCCUCCGAGGGCUCUUUGGAGGAAACACAAAAAUAGAAGAGGCUUGUGAAAUGUAUACCAGAGCUGCAAAUAUGUUCAAGAUGGCUAAAAAUUGGAGUGCUGCAGGAAAUGCAUUUUGUCAGGCAGCCAAGCUCCAUAUGCAGCUUCAGAGCAAGCAUGAUUCUGCCACCAGCUUUGUGGAUGCUGGCAAUGCUUACAAGAAGGCAGACCCUCAAGAGGCUAUCAACUGCUUAAAUGCAGCCAUCGACAUUUACACAGACAUGGGAAGGUUUACGAUCGCAGCCAAGCACCACAUCACCAUUGCGGAGAUCUAUGAGACUGAACUGGUAGACAUCGAGAAGGCUAUUGCACAUUAUGAACAAUCGGCUGAUUAUUACAAAGGGGAAGAAUCCAACAGUUCAGCUAACAAGUGUCUGCUGAAAGUGGCAGCGUAUGCCGCCCAGCUGGAGCAGUACCAGAAAGCCAUCGAGAUCUACGAGCAGGUUGGGGCAAACACCAUGGAUAAUCCUUUGUUGAAGUACAGUGCAAAGGACUACUUCUUUAAAGCAGCCCUCUGUCACUUCAUAGUAGAUGAACUGAAUGCCAAGCUUGCUCUUGAGAAAUAUGAGGAAAUGUUUCCAGCAUUUACUGAUUCAAGGGAAUGUAAGUUACUGAAAAAACUUCUAGAAGCUCAUGAAGAACAGAACAGUGAAGCUUACACUGAAGCAGUGAAGGAAUUUGACUCAAUAUCUCGCUUAGAUCAGUGGCUCACGACCAUGUUGCUUCGUAUCAAAAAGUCCAUCCAAGGGGAUGGAGAAGGAGACGGGGACCUAAAGUGAACAUUUAUGUCUUUGUGGCAUGCAGCUGACUCCUCUUUAGUUUCAUGUUAGGGCCACAUGAUCUUUAUGGGAUGCCCAUUUAAUGGCUUACUUCUGUUGCACAUGAGCCAAACCAUCUGUGUGUUUAAACUCCCUGUGUUUGUGUCUUCAUGAAGCGGACGGCUGGGAAGCUCCUGUGCAUAUCGUGGGUGUGAUGGGCUAUUUCAUGCUUGUCAGAGCCCCCAGAGUUUUCUGAGAACUACUUCAGAAUUUUUUUCCUGUUAUUUUGAUAUCUGCAGAGCCCAUGUUCAACUUUGUCAUGUAUUUUUAUGUCAUUUUCUUGGACUGGAGUACCCAGCCUAAUCAUUGUAAUAGAUGCUUUGCAUAUUUUCCAUAAAUUCCCACCUGGAUGUAUUCUUUAAGUGUACAUGUUUAGUUCGGGAUGGUUGUUAAGAAUGAGCUUUAUGACUUCACUUCCUAGAAGUGGUUUUUGUUGUUGUCGUCAUGAUUCUUUUGACGGUGCUAGUGACCCAUUUGUUUGCUUUUUAUAUUGUUGUGUUUGCUAAUAUGCAUGCGAAAAUUCAGAACAGCCGGGGUCUGCCAGCAUCCCUUAGUUAACGUUGUGAGAAAAGAGAGUUUCCUGGCAGGGCUUGCUGAUGUGUGUGGGCGAACGUCAGGAUGAGUCUGAUGGAUUCGUACUCCUUUACACACAAGAGAUCUGUACAAAACAGUUUUUCCCUUUCCUGGAGAUAGUUUCCACUUUUAGUUGAGAUAUUCACAUAAAAGUGAUUUGACUGGCAUGUCCCUUUUGCUUACUUUCACAUUCAUACACUUACCCACGUUGAGACUGUGCCUGGUGUGCCACCACCAUGUGAAUCCUCUUCAAGGCUGCAGAGAGAGUGGGUCAUUAAUUUUACCCUUUUAUGGAAUGUGAUGGGUUAGGUGGGGUAAAUACAGUACAGAGGUUUACUAUGUGUCCAGUUGGGGAAGAAGGGCAACCAGCUUCUGGGGAGAAUUGAUUUUCCUCUCAGCUAAUGGAAUUGUUUUGGCUUGUAUGUUUGAAUUUAGUAUGUCGUUUUGGUUUACAUAAUAUGUGCUCUAUUGAUUUAUGAACUUACAUGCAGAUACUGUACUUUAGACAUGGUCUUGUUUCUGGAAUCUUCCCUGUGUGUAUUUUUAUGCUUAACUGACUUAAGUUUGACAUGCAUUUUUUUGCCAGUCCUAGCUUGUGGGUCUUUCUAAAUUAUGUAGCUGUCAUUAAAGACAGAUAAUGAAAUUUCCCAUGUUAGGUCACAUGGAAACUGGCAUUUGAAGGGUGUUUUCAUUUUUGGAUGUCCCUCCACUGGGAUUGGUAGGCUUAUGUUGGACAGAAGUAGAGAGUGUGGCCACGAAAUGGGCUGAGUGUGGAGGAAGGCAAGGGGAUGGUGCUUGGGUCGGGCUGAGAUGAAGGAGAAAGUAGCAAGAAAGUAGCUGGAAAGGGCCAACUGAGGCCUGGUAGUGGAGGCUGUCCCUCAGGCGGGUGGAAAGGGCCAGCUGAGGCCUGGUAGUGGAGGCUGUCCCUCAGGCGGGUGGAAAGGGCCAGCUGAGGCCUGGUAGUGGAGGCUGUCCCUCAGGUGGCUGUGGAUUUCCUGGCUGCAGUUGUAAGGCCACCUUUGCCAACAUAGCCUGGUGGGGAGGAAGGUCAGAGAUGUCACAGUGUGGGCCGAAUGGACCAGAAGACGUGGACAUUCUUGCCUUGCACCCUGGGAUAUGAUGAAUGUUCCUUCCUUCAAAGUUCUGGGAUUCUUAGAAGAAAGCUGGCUAUCACUUACAGUACAAUUUGGAAUGCAGCCCAUUUGGUACUUCUUCACUUCCUGUCAGACUUUCUUACAAAGAAAUGAUUAGAGCAGAGAGUGGGUUCCUAUGCCUCAUCUGUUCCACAACCAGCCAAAUGCACUUUUGUGAAAGUGAGGCAUGGGGGGUGCUUUUGUUGCCUGUAUCCUCAGGCUAUAAGUCUGUCCCAUCUGGAGAGCAUUUAAAUCCUAGCCUGCCAGCCUGCUUGUUUCAUCACUAGUGUGCAAGGUUUGUUUUCACUUGUUAAAAGGACUGUCUGGUUUGACCACUGAAAGUAGGAACCAAAUGAUUGCUCUUAAGAGGAUUCCUUUAGCUUUCAUCAUGGUCCCCUGUCAGAUCCCUGUCUGAGAAAGAGGUGGGGUUUGUAAAAACAGUACUGGUACCAUUUUGUUUUGUCAGUUGGAGAGUUGCUGGUUUGUCUUGAAAUAAACACUGGGAUCAGUGGCUGGGUUAAGAAUUUUUUGUUUUUAAUAUUUCACAUGAAAAGAGUAAAAAUAAUUGUAAUGGUUAGAACAGAACUGCCAGAAGAUAAAAGGAAAAUGAGAAGAAAAAGUCCCAUUAACAUUAUCCAAACUUCCUUCUUUUGAAAUGUCCCCUUAACAUAGGGUAGUACCAUGACUCAGAGGCCCGAGUUAGGUUUUCAGGAGUUAACAGAAUGUUCUUUAUGAAUAAAAUAUAAUGACUAUUUAUGUUCUGGUUCUUGUAUUUUAGCAAAUCUGGGGUUCAUAGAGUCAGUUAAAAUUUCUUACAGGAAAGCUUUGCUUUUUGUGGCAACAUUUUUAUAGCUUGUGUGAGUUCCUUUUUUAUUUAAUGAUUUGAAAACAGUAUUUUUGCACAGUUGUGACCGUAUGUGAUGCCAUCCCUGUAACCAAAGUGUGUGCAUUUAUUGUUUUCUCUGAUACUGUGCAUUUAAAAUGUCCAAAUGCAAACCUCUGUGGCUUCCUUUGGGGGACCCGGCAGCACAGCAUGCCGCCUGCGACCCACCUGCCUGAAGUGGGAGCUGUGGCCCGGAGCGGGCCCCUGCCUGCCAAGUGCGGUGUCGGGCACUGUGGGGUCUCCUCCCUUGUGCUCUCCAGUGGAGGAUUAUGUUGUGAAAACUAACCAUGUGACGAUCACUCUACCUUAGCAGAAAGAGUAUGUUUUAUGUCACCCUGUACAGAAAAUAAAGUGGAAAUUAUGAGUAA